UCUUUCCACUUACAUACCCUUCUUACUUUACAUCCUUGAGUUCUACUCAUUGCAUGCCCGUUUUUCAUAUCCCAGUUGAUCUACCAAUUGUCAACUGCCAACUGUCACAUUCUAUCCACGCCAUUUGACUACCAUUGAGUAAUAUGGCAGAUUCACUCCCCCCUCCCCCAGCUAAGCGAAAGCUUCCCUUUAAACGCACUGUCAGACGCAAAUCCACCGAGAUCGAGAAACCCGACGACGAUGGCUUGUCUUUAUUUAGUCGCUCCGGCGAAUUUUUCGCGGAACAGCAAAGGUUAGCCCAAGAGAAGGCCGACAGAGAAAAGGCUGAAAAGGCCGAAAAGAUUGCAAAAGCUGCGAAGGAGGCUGAAGAGGAGCAACAACGCAAGAAGAUUCGGCAGCUGAAACGUAAGGUCGAAACAGCAAUACUAGAGCAACGUGAUAAGGGGGUUGCCAAAAAGCAGCGUCGUAUCUCUUUUUCUGAUGACGAGAAAGCAGUUCACGACAAAAGCGAAGACGACGCCAUCAACAUUACCCCCCCUAAGAAGAAGCGGAACACACCUUCGACUCCCCGAACACCUCGUUACAAGCGCGAGAGCUCAUCUGCGAUUACCCCCACAGCCACCCCAAAAGAGACAAAUGGACGUGUUCAACUCAAGCAAACACGACGGCGUAGUACCCGAAUACUAUGCUUGGUCGACAACGAUCGCAAUGGCAGCAAUAACUAUAGCGACGAAGACGACGACGAUCCUUCUGAACUAUACUCCCCAUCAAAGCGUUCUCCGACAAAAUUGUCGCGCAAACAUAAGCAAAAGACUCCCACGAUGGAAUCAAGUCGAAAAAUACCACAAGAUGUGAUCACCCUGGAUGAUGAUAGCGACUCCCAAGUUGACGCAGGUGAUGAAAAGAAAGAUGAUGAGGAAGAAGACCCCUCCGAAUACUACGUUAGACUCGCAAUGGAGAAAGCGAGAAAAGCCAAAGAGGAAAAAGAAGCUAGAGAAAAGGGAGGCAGCAGUACCCCCGCGAGUCAAGAAGAUCCCAUUGUGCAAAUUCUUAUCCAUUCGCGAUUGGACGGCGCCCACCCCCUGAUAUUUCGACGCAAAGUAUCCCAAAAAUUGGAAGUUGUGUUCCAAACCUGGAUCGAGCAACAGGUAACUAAGCAAAGCAAGAUCCCACGUUCAACUCUGGAGACCAUGUUCUUUACGUGGAAGGGAAACAAGGUCUAUUCACACACAACCCUACAUACGCUUGGCAUCAAGCCUGCCGUGGAUGGAAAGCUGUAUCCAAACUGGGAAAAGGACCAGGAUGGCUACGAUGGACGAGACAAAGUAGUCUUCGAAGCAUGGACAUCAGAAUUAUACGACGAAUACCAGCAAGAAAAAGAGAAGCAGCGUCUGCGGGAUCUCGGCGAGCUCGACGAUGAAGAACCGGAGGACACACCGGAAGCGAACCAGUCAAAGCCCUCCCAGGCAAAAACCAAAAUCCGCGUGCAGUUCAAGGCCAAGAGCCUGCCCCAACAAAAGGCAACGGUGUACGCUGACACUACGGUCGCCCAGCUCAUGGAGGCAUAUCGAAAGCUUGCGGGCAUAGCAGGGGAUAAGUCGAUCGUGCUUCGUUGGGACGGCGAGGCCUUAGAGCCGGAUACUACGGUGGAAGAGGCGGAGAUUGAGGAUAUGGACUCGCUUGAAGUCUAUAUCAAGUAAGACGAUAUAACACCCCACCCCCUCCCUCCCUCCCUCCUUCUCCCUCCCCCCCUGGCUCUCCCCGAAAAAGAGAAAAAAAGAAAGAAAAGUUCAAGGAUAUAAAUAUGAUCGGAAAAGGGGGCACUCGACACAGAAAGAUGAGACUCGGUAUUUUACCUCAUUUUUGCUCCUGGUGGAAGCUUGAGAGGCAUGACCGCAGCGAUGAAGAAAUAGACAGGGUUCUAUAAGCACUUUAUUCUAUCGCAGAAGACAAUAUGAUGUAUAAUGAAGCUCAUGAUACCCAACGGUUUUGCUUCAUGAAUGGCUUCAUAAAAAAUGAUUAAUCAAUCAAGCAACCUUUUUUUUCAAUUCAUGUCUGAUGAUUGAUUGACUGGAAGUAAAAAAUCGUGCAGGUUGUCCCUCCCCCUUUUAACUCCCGAAACUCCGCCCUCUGAGAUGGAAAAAAAAUGUAAAUAAAUGCAUGACCUGAUAUUCUCAGAACCUCUCCUUCAUUCGUGAAGACACCGUGCGCAGGUUGUUGUAUACUUUUCCGGGGGGCUUGCCCAAUAUUAGGCUCACGAUGGAUUCGCGGGCGAUAUGGAUAUUCUUGAAACCUGCAAGGCGGAGUCAUAUUACAUUAGCACAGAACCAACCAACUCACGACAAAAAAGAUCCACACCACAACGCAAACGCAAUAAUGAUAUGCAUCUGAUCUGAUCUGGGGGGCUCCAUUGAAAAAAAAAAAAAC